AUGCCUGUUCCACUCACGAAGGAGACCGAAGUCGAUGUCCUCAUCAUUGGUGCCGGCCCCGCGGGGCUCAUGGGCGCACAUGCUCUCAAGAGGGCCGGAGUGAACGUGCGGGUCAUAGAUCAAAGGCCCAACCAGGUCGCUGCUGGACAGGCAGACGGUGUUCAGCCUCGCACCAUUGAGAUAUUCCAGAGUUAUGGAUUGGCGGACCGCCUUCUGCGAGAAGCGAACCAUAUGCACAUGGCUGCUUUCUACAACCCGAGCCCUAACGGCGGCAUUGAGUGCACUGGGCGAGCUCCCAAUGUAUCGGCACCGAGCGCCCGCUACCCCUUUGAGGUGACACGACACCAAGGGGGCAUCGAGGCGAUCUUCCUAGACAGCAUGGCCGAGAUGGGUUUGCAGGUCGACCGUCCGAUCAUCCCGUCGUCGAUCGAGCUAUCGAGCGAUGAGGCGGAGCUCAAGGACCCGCACUCGCAUCCGGUCAAGGUGGUGCUCAAGCACUUGGACGUACCAGAAGGCAAGGUCGACACCGAGAUUGUCCGGGCGAAGUUCAUCUUGGGCGCAGAUGGUGCACAUUCGUGGGUGCGCAAGAGCUGCGGCAUCGCCAUGGACGGGGAGCAGACCGACUUUAUCUGGGGCGUCGUCGACAUUAUCCCCGACACCGACUUCCCCGACAUCCGCAACCGCUGCGCGAUCCACUCAGAAAACGGCUCGUGCAUGAUCAUCCCGCGCGAGGGCGACCUCGUCCGCCUGUACGUCCAGCUCAGCGACACGGACGCCGUCGACGAAAACGGGCGCGUGGACAAGACCAAGAUGGGCCCGAAUAGACUGCUUGACGUCGCUCGCAAGACGUUCCAUCCGUACAAGAUUGACGCGAAGAACGAGUUCGACUGGUGGACGGUGUAUCUCAUUGGACAGCGCGUCGCAUCGAAGUUCUCUGUCAGUGAGCGCGUCUUCAUUGCAGGGGAUGCGUGCCACACGCACUCGCCGAAGGCUGGUCAAGGCAUGAAUGCGAGCAUGAGCGACACGCACAACAUCGCAUGGAAGCUCGCACACGUACUCCGGGGUUGGGCCGAUAUCUCCCUCAUGAAGACUUACGAGUUCGAGCGCCGAAAGUACGCUCAGGACCUGAUCACCUUCGACAAGAAGUUCUCGGCUCUCUUCUCCGGUAAGCCUCGGACAGAGGACAACCUCGACGGCGUCACGCACGAGCAAUUCCUGGAGGCAUUCCAAACGUCCGGCUUGUUCUCAAGCGGCAUCGGCGUGCAUUACCACCCAUCAACUAUCGUGAACACCGAGUACCAGGAGAGCGCGCGGAACCUCGUCAUCGGCCAGUGUGUGCCGUCCCACAUCUUCGUGCGCGCGGCAGACGCGACGCCGUUCGAGAUACAGGACCUCCUGCCCGCGGACACGCGCUUCAAGGUUCUCGUAUUCGCCGGCGACGUUAUGGACCCGGCACAGCUCCAGCGCGUGCGCACGCUCGCGGAGGAGGUGGGGGGCUCGGAAGGGUUCCUGAAGCGCUUCUCGAAGGGCGGCGUCGAGAAGGUGUUCGACGUCUUGACGAUUGCAUCGGGCGACAAGUUCAAGGUCAUCACCGCCGACAUCCCGGCUGUCUUCCGCUCGCACUGGUCGAAGCUGUUUGUGGACGACGAGGAUCUGUACAACCGCUCGGGCGGGGGCGGCUACGAGAAGUACGGCAUCGACACUCGGGGCACGAUCGUUGUUGUUCGUCCGGAUGGCUACAUCGGCAUGGUCGCUCCGUUCGACCACCACAAGGCUAUUGAUGAGUACUUCGCUUCGUUCAUGGUCGCUUGAUACUGUCUAGUCUUCGCGCUUAGUCUCUCUUAGUCGGAUAUCACGCAAUGUACCCUAGAGGAACGAUAUGUAUGUCUAGAGCAAGUCACACUGUCUGUCAUCAGUAUGUUCUCUUUUCGUAUGUAUUCCCAGCUACAAACACCAUGAGCCCGCAUGCGGAGUCAGCUAUU